CCCAAUUGGAAAAACUCGAUUUUCAUUUGCUGCCAUGCAGAGGCUCUUCUCUCAUCCGGCCUAGGCACCUUACUUUUCGCAACCUGAACAUCGCGGGACACGCCGCCGCCAGCUUCCUCUCAAUCUGGUCAAGAUGUCGCGGUCGCCGGUGGACGAAUAUGUGCAGAGGAUGCGGGCAAUGAUGCGCCAGAACCGAGGCGGGUUUCCCGGCGGUCGUCCGCCUCCCGGCGCUAUUACUGGUGUCGCCGCCAUCGCCCUGUUCGGUAGUGGGCUUUUCAUCCUGCAGAACUCGCUGUUCAACGUCGACGGCGGUCACAGGGCUAUAAAGUACCGGAGGAUUAACGGUGUGAGCAAGGAGAUCUAUACCGAAGGAACUCAUUUCAUGAUCCCUUGGUUCGAAACCCCGAUCACCUACGAUGUGCGAGCGAAGCCGCGGAACGUCUCCUCUCUUACCGGCACCAAGGACUUACAGAUGGUCAACAUCACCUGCCGCGUGCUAUCCCGGCCCGAAAUCAGCGCGCUUCCCCAGAUUUACCGGACGCUAGGGCAGGAUUACGAUGAGCGGGUAUUGCCUUCGAUCGUGAACGAGGUUCUCAAGAGCGUGGUAGCUCAGUUCAACGCGAGCCAGCUGAUAACCCAGCGAGAAAACGUCGCCAGAUUGGUCCGCGACAACCUAUCGAGGCGCGCUGCGCGAUUCAACAUCUUGCUAGACGAUGUCUCCCUCACGCACCUCGCUUUCUCUCCCGAGUUUACCGCCGCGGUGGAGGCGAAGCAGGUAGCGCAGCAGGAGGCGCAAAGAGCCGCCUUCAUCGUUGACAAGGCAAGGCAGGAGAAGCAAGCCAUGGUGGUCAAGGCGCAGGGUGAAGCGCGAUCGGCGGAACUCAUCGGAGACGCGAUAAAGAAGAACAAGGCCUACGUCGAGCUGAAGAAGAUCGAGAACGCGAGAGUCAUCGCCACGCAGCUGCAGGAAGCAGGCGGUAGGAACCGACUGCUGCUCGAGGCCGAGGGCCUGGGCCUGAAUGUUUUCUCGGAUGAUAGCAGCAGCAGCAGCAAUUCAUAAGCGCGAGGAGUUGAGAGGAACCCCAAAUCUCCACUGUACGCUGUACCAACGAGUAGGACGGUAAUGAAUGUAAAAUACUUAUUCCCAUGCUGAUGGUAUCGCGUGCUUGGUCUGGGUAGCAGGUGCAGGAUGCGCCUGGUAAGCGUGGAUAAGAAAGAAGCCUCUAUCUCGACACCCCGUGGCUGUCUCCGGAGUUUGGUCCUUCUGGAGCAGGAGGGCGUACGCAAGCAAGUCCAGUAUAGGGCAGCAGUUGUAGGGAAACAGACGCAACCGCUUGGAUCCGUCGCCCAAGUGUUUGUUGCCAGGACCUCGGUUGGCGGGGGAGGUGCCCAAGGUACCUGCCUUAGGUACCUCCUAAGGUAGGUACCUAGGUAGGUAGGUCUGUAGCGGGGUCCUCGAGCCCCGCCUUAGGUAAGGCAAGAUCGCCUAGAUGGUGCUCUUGCACUUACCCCACUAUACCUAAUCCACAGAGAGA